AUGGCUAGAACUGUACAACGACUUGAUGAAAAGAAACAACUGUACAUCAAAGGUAAACUCUUUCAAUUAGUGCAUAAUGUAGAACUGGAAACGCUAAUUGAAAAGGAUGCUACUUCUGUACCUAUUGAAACGGUUCACUCCCCAGUAAUGUACCUCUUUACCUUGCCACUAAAUCCAGUACAAAAUACUACAAUCGUUGAAUCCACUAUAUCUGGACAGCCUCAUUUCACCAAUAAAGAAAUUCGCUCUCGACAACAAACUUCAUAUAUUUCAUCGACCACCUCAGCUAUCACACCUGCAGUGUCUCAUUUCACAAAUGCUAAAACUGAAGGAUUACGUAUUGAACCGACCACAUCGACUGUCACAUCUGGAGUCUCAUCAUACAAAUACAGAGACUGUACAUUCAAGUAUUACACCGACAACUUCGACUAUGACAAAUGA